AUGGACGGUUCCGCGGCCUCCCUCUCCCGCGAGGGAUCCCUUCAGCCGCAAUGGAUGCAGCACAAGUCGAUCGGCGGGGGAGGGGGGGGUGGCGUUGGCGGCGACAGCGCGGGAAGGUGGCUCGGGCUGGAAUCCCGGCCCUCCGGCGGCGAGCACUGGCAGGGAUCCGAGGAGGCGGGAAACUGGGCGGGCGCGGAGCAGGAGCGGGACAGCGCCCGGGGGCGGUGGGAGGGCCGGGAGGACGGCGCGCCGGGCGGCCGGACCUCGAAAUGGCGCAGCGACGAUCGGGAGACAUGGGCGCCCGCCAAGGACAGGUGGACGUCCGCACAGGACGGCAGGCGGUGGGUGGAUCCUCCGGGCCAGGGGCGGCAGAAUCGGAGUGACCGAGAUCAUUGGGGCAGCACCGAGGCGGGCGGGCUGUCGAGGAGCUAUGGGGACAGGUGGGACACCGACGGGGACCGGUGGAAGGCGAGCGACAGGGACGCGUACGUUCCGAAACACGACUACGUGCCGAAGAACCCGCGCUGGAACGAUGAAGAGAGGGGAGACCGCUGGCGGCCUGCGGGAGUGGCUGUGCGCACAGAGAUCCAGCCUCCAAGAGGCUUCACAAACCAGCGCAGCCGUGGAGCAGCAGGGGGGCUGCCCUACAGAAGCGAGCGCGAUGGUGGAGAUGGAGCAUCGUUGCCACCGCACAUGAAGACCCAUUCCCAUUCCAAAUUGGCAAUCGGAAAGUACAGCAAGAAGCAGUUGUUGGAUAUAUAUGACACCAUGCUGCAGAAACUUGGGUCCUGCUUGCCCAUGCCCGAUGAGGCUGAAAAAGACUACCCUGGGCUCCUCAAAACUGAGUACGACCAGCCACACUCCAUAAGGCUCAGGCAGAGUGGCAGGCUAGGCGAGGAGGAUGACAAUGAGGAGCCUCCUCUUGGAAGAAGCGUGGGCCGGGAUUCCGCGAAGGAUGACAGCCUCCUGUCCUUGUUAAUGAAGGGAGGCCCCAGUUCAGGGAUAAGCAAAGAGGACAUUGAUACAGACCAGUGGAUGUACCAGGACCCGGAUGGGAAUGUGCAGGGACCGUUUGGAAAGGAGGACAUCUUGAAUUGGUGGGAGGAAGGGUUCUUCCCAGAAGACCUGCCUGUGCGGUCUGCCCGUUGUGGGAACAAUGACUUUGUGCCGCUGAGGCAGCUCUUGAAGAUGUGGAACCCACCCCCUGGCUUCAGGAUACCAAG